UUCACUCGCAGCAAGCCCAGAACCACGCAUCUAGAAUCUGCGGAAGAAAUUUUCCUGAAAGUUUCGGGGGCCGUAAAUGCCUCUUUAAACAGUUAGAAAACGUUCUGUGAAGUGAAAAAGUGUUGAAAGAACCAACGGUUGAUAAGUUGGAAGAGAUUCGCCAUUUUGUGAGGCAUUUUUCGUUCGGACGGGCCUCCAGCAUAAAACCUCGUUGAUUCGAGUGGCCAUUGAUUUUUGAGAUUCAGAUGCUCGAUGCUCGAUGUAAACAGAACGCCAGCUGUCGACCACAAAAAUGCACUCGACAUGCAGGCGAUCGUGAACACCAAAUGAACACAAAAUGAACCAAAUGAAUCGAACGCCUGAGGCCAUCGUAAUCGAAAGUUACAGAAUAAGCACCUCAACGUCAAAAAGAGAAGAGCAGAGAUGAGUAGCAUCAGCAAGAUACACUUCAGCAGCACCACCGGGGUGUCGCUUAACGAUCGGUUCACAGUCAUGGCAAAAAUGGCCGAACCUGGUGUCGUAGUCCGUGGUGGAGGAGGAGGCGGCGGACCAGCACUGCAGCUUGGAGAACGACCUCGUGCCCGGUCGAAUUCUCUGUCCCGUUCAUCGGAUGCCAAUCGUCAGCUAGUUAGCCAGUGGGACUCACAGUGGCGUCCCCAUACGGGGCUGCAAAAAGCGCUUCAGCUGAACAAUGCUUCCUCCAUCCGUUCGGGCCGUCAAAGAUUGCAGCGCAAUAACGCCCAGACACAGCUGAAACGUACCCUCGGUUCCAUUCCCGGAGGCUUCCAGCGUAUGCAACGCUCCAACAGUUUUGGAGAUAUCGCAACGAUGAACGCUGAUCGUAUCGAACUCCAGCAAAGAUUCCGUAACAAAGGAAAUACAAUCGCCGCUCGCCUAGGGCAGGCCCGUGCGGCCGCAAGCCGCAAUCUUCCCCGUGGUCGCUCCCGUACCCGUAGCGUGUCCCGUGGUCGAAGUGCAUCGCGUACUCGCAGCGUAUCGCGCAAUCGUCAGCCAUCGCUGAGCCGCAGCAACUCACAGACAAACCUCCGCCGAGCCGGAUCGCGCAGCAACCUUUCGCGCUCCAACAGUCGCAACCGACUCAACACGACCGCAGGAGGAGCGGGAGGCAUUCGACAGCGUUUGAAUCGCAACAAAUUGACGCUGGCCGAACGCAUUGGAACCCGGAGCAAUGGUCCGGUUGCGGCCAACACACGUGGCCGUAGUCGCAGUCGGAGCCGCGUACGCGGUGCAGCAACAAUCGCUGCCGCGGCACCAGCUGGCACCAGCAGCCGUUCACGAUCGCGCAAACGGGCUGGUUCACGAGUGACCGCACGUGCCGGUAGCGUCAACAGCCGGCUCGGUGCAAACCGAACCGCCGAACCGAUAGGCCGCGUAGCUAGUGGCCGCAUUGCCAAGCGAAGCGGUAGUCGUCGACGCCGUGGCGUACAGCCGGCGGCAGCGGUAACAGGCAAUGGUGGUGGUGCCGCAGGAGCGCGCACUGGACGCCCGCUGAAGAGAGGACCGGCGAAGAGAAAAGGAGCACCGGCCAAUGAUAAGAAGGCAGCAAAUGGCUCGGCAGCAGCGGCAGCGGCCGCCGGUGGAGCUCGACGAGGACGAUCCCGCUCGCGGCGUGCAAAUUCUCGUGUUCGCGGGCGUAGUGCAUCGAAGGGCCGUGGCACGCAAGCAGCCAAGCAGCAGAAGCAACCGAAGAGCAAGGAAGAGCUGGACAGCGAGCUGGAUCAGUACAUGGCAAACACAAAGUCCUGCCUCGAUCGGGAGAUGGACGAGUACAUGAACGGUAUCAGUGCCCACUGAGCUGGGCACACGAGGAACGCGUGGCGAACCGCAAAUGAGGCGAUUCCACGUGAACCAUGCUAUCCUUUCUAGUGUUAAUGACAAACUGUAUUUAAGAAAUUACAUUUAAACUGUAAAUAUGAUUCUCACCAUCCUACCCUCCUAGUACUUACUCAAUAAAGCGCGUAACCGUUCGUUCGAAUGGGAAAUGA